AUGGAUAAAACUGGUCGAUCACAUUUUUCAGAAAUACAAAAUACAUCACUGUUCGGUCGAUGUGAUAGUUUAAGUCAAGAACAAAUACAACAACAACAAGAAGAAUCGGAUAAUAUACAAACAUCAUUAAUAUCAAUUCCGUCUAAAGGAAGACCUUUUUGUCGACAAUUCAGUGAACAAAAUGUUGAUGAUAAAGGAGUACACCACUUAUUUGACGAAGAAAAAGAAGAUCUAUCUUUUCCUGGCGUUAUGGAAAGACUUCCAUACAAAAUUGCUGAUAUCAAACUAGCAGAAGCAGGUAGAAAAGCCUUAUCAAUGGCUGAAUUUGAAAUGCCAGGAGUAAUGCGAUUACGAAAAAUAUAUGGUCCUACAAAACCAUUGAAAGGUGUUCGUCUUGCUGGAUGUUUACAUGUGACAGCACAAACAGGAGUGAUGAUUGAAACAUUACGUGAAUUGGGGGCUGAAAUUCGAUGGAGUUGUUGUAAUCCAUUAUCAACACAAGAUCAUAUUGCAGCUGCAUUAGUUAAAGCUGGUAUAUCCAUUUU